AUGACCCCAACACCUCCUUCGACCAACUCAUCUCAGGGAGGCCGCUCUCCCGAGGAGCAGUUUCGUGUUGUGAGGAAGAGGAACCGUGUUCCUCUCAGCUGUUAUCCUUGUAGGACACGAAAAAAAUGUGACAGAAGUCAUCCUUGCAGCAACUGUACAAAGCGUGAGGGCAUGAACACGAGCUCUUGCUCUUACGCUACACCAGUCUCUCGCAAGAAGAAUCAAAGUCAAGGAGACUCAAGUCCUGAUGACAUGCAGAAUCGUAUUGACCGUUUAGAAGGCCUAGUUUUAUCCCUCAUGCACGGAGGUGCUAACAUAGAUGCUGCGUCCGCCGCAGCUGCUGGAGCGGCAACACGUUCCGCCACAGACAGCGGGUCUUCCGCAAAGGUUGAGAGAGAGGACGAAAAUGCAAUGACGUAUGACGAGGAGGAGAACAGUGACGAGGAGGACGGGCUGGCCACUUCUUUGGGUUUCCUCAAAGUCGAUACAGACAAGGGGAAAUCAUUAUACGUUGGCCAGGAACAUUGGCACACCAUCCUUGCCGAUAUCUCCGAAGUGAAAAAUUACUUCACUUCCCAUAAAAAGGAGCUGGAGUCGAGUUACGAGCGAGUCAAAUCAUCCAAGCCCCAGGCUGCGCGAGAAGGACCUACGCUGCUGCUGGGGGCCACGCCAGCAUCUGAAAUCGAAAUACGAGCAGAACUCCCACCCAAAUCAGCUGUCCUAACGCUCUGCAGUCGUUAUUUUAAUUCUAUGGAUAAUGCCGUUAAUAUCAUCCACGGACCAACCUUCCAGCAGCAGUUAAAAGAUCACUGGCAAGAUCCUAACAAGACGCCCAUCAUGUGGCUUGGUAUGCUUUACUCAGUUCUCUGCCUGGCAAUGUUGAGUUAUCACAAGGUAGGCGAUGAACCUCCCGAGUGGCGAGGCCGAACCCUGGAGCUGGCAAAUGAAUAUCGGCUGCGGACAGUACAGUGUCUCGUCAAAUCAGAUUAUACAAAGCCCAACGAGUAUACAGUUGAGACCAUGAUUCUCUAUGUAUUUGGGGAAUAUUCGUCCAGAUGGGAUGCCGACUUGGGUCUAUGGUUGAUUGUCUCCUUGAUUGUUCGAAUCGCCUUUCGAAUGGGCUAUCAUCGAGACGCCAAGUGGUUCCCGACAAUUACACCAUUUCAAGCUGAAAUGAGACGGCGAACGUGGGCUCUUGUGAGAAUGUCGGAUGUCAUCUUCUCCCACCAAGUGUCUCUACCCAGCAUGAUUUAUGAGAAUGAUUGCGACACUCAAUUACCCAACAACAUCUUCGACGACGAAUUUUACCCCGACAUCAAGGAAUUGCCGCCUUCCCGGCCAUCCACGGUAGCCACUCCAAUAGCGUACAUGAUUGCCAAGUCGAGACUGUGUAACGAGCUUGGGAAUAUCCUCCAAUCGACGGGUCAAGUGGGCAAGCAUGUGCCUUACGAUGAGGUUAUCCGUUUUGAUGCUAAGUUGCGUCAAAUCAUGCAAGAGUUGCCUCCACACUUGAAAUUGACAACUCUGGAAGGGUCUCAUGACCCAGUGACAUUAAUCAUCGCCAGGUUCAAUGUCGAUAUCCUCUACCAAAAGAUUCUCUGUCUAUUACACCGUAAGUAUCUUCCUAGGGCAAGGCAAAGCCCGAGAUACGCGCACUCUCGAAGGGCCGCAAUCGAGGCGUCGUUGACAGCCCUUGACCACCUCGCGGUUCUGCACCGGGAGUCGCAGUCUAAUGGGAGGUUGCGGUCAGUGGGUUGGUUUGUCAAAUCCAUUGCCACCAAGGACUUUACCCUGCCUGCCAUGCUGGUUAUUCUUGAUCUACACUUUGACAACAUCGCCGCGCAGUCCUCGGUUCGUCAAGACGACGAGGGCGCUGCAAUGUGGAACGACGACCAGCGAUCAAAGAUGAUUGGUAGUCUCGAAACCGCGAGGAAGAUUUGGAACACGCUCGCCGACACGUCUAUGGAAGCGUUCAAGGCAGCCAAAGUCAUCGAUAUUAUGCUGGAAAAGAUCAAAGAUCCUACCUCGAGUAACGCAGAUAUGCCAGGCGUGCCAUCUCCAAUGCCCGGCUUGAUGCCAGGUCUUGGAGCUGACAUAUCGCCGCCUAUGGCUCCCGGUUUUGUUUCACCCAACAGCCUCCCAGAGUUCAACGCGACAGCCAACCCCUUCUCUACGCCUAAUCCAGCGGCAUUCAUGGGUAUGGAUUUCGGCAUGCCUGGCCCCGAAGGUAUAGAUUUUCAGACAGAUGGCUUCGCAGGGGCUGGCCCAGCUUCUCCUUUCUCGUCCAUGUUCGGCAAUCUGGGGGCCAGCAAUAAUUCUGGGAUGGACAUGGCCGCCAACUUUGACUGGAAUGCCUUCGAGAAUUAUACGCAGAUGGCCAAUUGGGGAGCCGACCAAAGUUUCCAGAUAUAUGGCUCCGGGGGAGAUCAAUCGUCCCCUGAACAGUCCUCGUCGAUGGGCGGGCGUAGCGGGAGCACCUCACAAGGACAGGGACUGGGAGGAGGAGGAACGAAUGGAGUAGAUGCCAAUAUGAAAUGA